GCGACCUGUACCAUCCAUCUCAGCACCACGGCGAUGCCGGCGGCGGCGGAGGAGUCUUCGGCGAUAAGGAAGCUAGGCAAGCUCUUCAAGCUCACCGAAGUGCACCUUUGGGAUGAUUUUUAUGCGACUGGCGCCGGCCAGAGUAACGAUUGGCAUGCCACAGAGACUGGGUGCACGGGAUCUCAAACAGCUAAAACCCGCAAUAGAGCAGCCAAACAGACAGAUGAAGACCAUUCCUUUGUUGAAGAUAUGGAACUGGCUAGUCUCAUGGGUUCUUUGGGGCUUCCUGUUUCAUUCAGCGCAAGGAAAGAGAAAAAGAACACACCUGGCAAAAAGCAUCAAGGAAGACAAGCACCAUAUGAAGCGGCAAGUACUGAGGAUAAUGUAAGGACAUGCACAAAUACUGAAGAACUAGAAAAUGUUCAGGAGUUGAUGGAUUGCGUUGAGCAAACUAACUCAGGCAUUUCAUCUGCUACUGCUGCGGGUUACACUGAAGUCUGCCAUGCUGAUGGUGACAAGAUGCUUUGUGAAGACAGUGUUCAUGUUGAGAAGUCUGACUGUGGCAAAAAUCAGUGUGAAUCAAAUGAUAACAUGAGCAACCUAGUAAAUUUAGGUUCUUCUGUUCAAGGAAAUCAAGCUGUGGACAGUGUCAUGCAAUUGAACAAAGUGAUGCGGGGACAAAAUUCUGUUGAUAACGAAUCUAUAAUGUCCUGUGCUGAGCUUUGUCAUGAAGGAAAACUGUCAGCAAGAGAAGAUCAAAUAUCUGAGGAAACACCACCCACAUCCCAUGAUAAUAAUGAUCAUGAUUGCGAGGUUUGUCCAUGUCCAGCAGAAUCAUCUCCUGUUAAUGAUCAUGUUGAAAAGUCUUCCUGCGAAUUUUACUAUGAAUAUGGAGAUUGGAAGGUUCUCUGGGAUCAGUUCUAUAGCCGGUAUUACUUCUACAACAUUCAGACACAGGAGUCUACAUGGUAUCCUCCUCAUGGAUUGGAGGAUUUUGCAUCAUAUUGUAGCACAUAUUCAUCUGAAGGUAUAGAUGAACAGGUAUCGCAAUUGACAAGCACACUUGUGGAAGAAAACAGUAAAAUCAAUACAAAGCUUGACAAAUCGUGUGGAGUCUCAUCCUGUGUAGAUAACACUCUGGACUAUAAUAUCUCAGAAGCUGAUCAACAUGUUGCACAAUGUGGAGCUAACAUGAACCCAUGUGACGAUGGAAAAACAACAUUCGGUAAGCGUGGUGAGCAGAGGCAUGAUCUUUGCAAUGAAGUAUCAGACAUUCCUGACGAAGAGUCAAUAUAUAUGAGUGUGAUAGCUACCAUUGAUGAAGCACAACAUGAAGGAAGCAUGCAGAAUGAUAGUUCAGUAACUGAAGUAUUAGAAAUGAACCAGGAAGUUGCUACCACCAAAAAGAAAAAGAGAGUAAGGAGAUCUCAAUCGUUUCAUUCAUGUCAGGACUUGGCAGAGAACAUUUCCAAUGACAUUGCCAAGUAUUGGAAUCAGCGGUACUCGCUUUUCUCCCUUUUUGAUAGUGGUAUAAAGAUGGAUGAAGAAGGGUGGUUUUCAGUGACGCCUGAGCCCAUUGCAAAGCAUCAUGCAUCUCGUGUUGGUGCUGGCAUAUUGAUCGACUGUUUCACAGGAGUUGGUGGAAAUACCAUCCAGUUUGCUACAAAGUGCAAGCAUGUUGUUGCUGUUGACAUUGAUCCACAGAAGAUUGGUUGUGCACAGCAUAAUGCAACUGUUUAUGGAGUAAAUGAUCAUAUAGACUUCAUUGUAGGAGAUUUUAUUCAUAUCGCACCUCAUCUGAAGGGAGAAACUGCUUUUAUGUCACCUCCUUGGGGUGGGCCGGACUAUGCAAAAGUAGAUGUUUAUGAUAUCAAAACCAUGCUUAAGCCCUGUGAUGGGUACUAUCUCUUCAAACUUGCUACGGCGAUUGCUUCAAGAGUAGUCAUGUUUCUUCCUCGCAACACAGAUCUAAACCAGUUGGCGGACAUGUGCCUGUCAGUCAAUCCUCCAUGGGCGGUUGAGGUGGAGAAGAAUUUUCUCAAUGGAAAGCUGAAAGCCAUAACAGCAUAUUUUGAAGAACAGGACAGCGUAGACGUGGAGCGCUGAUGAAGUGAUGAAUCGACCCAAAAAUCACACCUGAAAACCCAAGUAUUCUGCUGGAUGGAAGAUUCUGUGUGGGUGUUUGACCCAUAUGCUUGGGAAGCAGAACGUGCCGCUAGGGUCAACGUGUAUGUUUUUCUUCAGUGUAGGUGUAGCAUGCCUUUUCUGGCUAGAUUGAACAGUGAGAUGAUAAACAUCUGAGAU